UCUCCUAGCAACGGAGAUACAAACGAAACUGCAGGUCGCGCGCUGCUUAUAAAUAUUGAAAAAAUAAUUAGGACCAGGAUACAAAACAAACAGCAAAUGGAAGGUGGUGGGUGUGAUGAAGUCUGGCCGGAGGAUGAGAUGAACAGGCAGGAAGAGGUUCCUGAUGACUUUACUGAGCCUCCAGAGGGGGAAUCGAUGGAGCACACAGUCACAGAUCAUGCCGAGACCAGUGGAGUUUCAGCUGGUGUUAGUGGACAGCUCUCCCUCCAGCUGGAGUCAGAAGAGAGUGUCAGAGAGGAAGACGAGGAAGAGGAAGAACUUAUAGUCUUGGAUCCUGAGCAUCCUUUAAUGAAAAGAUUCCAGUCUGCACUGAAAAACAACCUCAGAAAUCAGCUAGAGAGAUUGAACCUUGAGCUCCGUGAGAAGAUAGUGGUGGAAAAUUCAGAGGCUCAGAAACGUCAUCAACUUGCUGAAGAAGUAUACAUGGUCCAUGAGAUGUUGGCAAGACUUCAGGCAUCUCUGGAGGCAAGUCAUGAGGCUAAUGCCCAGGCUGCUGCUCAGCGUAGACAGGCCCAAGACCAGCUGGAUGGGGUCAAAAAUCAGUACCAAGAUGCUGCCAGUCAGGCUAACAAUCAGCGUAUGCAAGUUUCUGAAUUACAGUCUAAAGUAGACCACCUGGCCUUGAAGCUGCUCUACAUGCAGGAAGCUAAUACUGACCUGCGCUCGGACAUCAAAGCCAUACGAAAUGCUUCACACAAAGCCCAGAAAGAGAGAACUCAAGCAGAGGAGAAUAAACACCAGCAGGAUCUUUAUGUCGAGCGUUUAAUCAAGCAUGUGGAAAAGCUCUCAGAGCAGAUUUCUCUGUAUGAAGUUCAGAUCGUCGCUCAGACUGAGCAGACCAAGGCUGCAAAGGAAGCUCUUUCUGAGGCGCAGCUCGAGCUGGACUCUGUGGUUGUUGAGCGUAGGCAGUUACUCCAGCAAUGGAACAGCAGCCUGUUGAUGAUGAGGAGGAGGGACGAGACUUACACUGCUAUGCAGGAGGAACUGAGGCUGACCAAUGAUCAGGUGCGCUCUCUGGACACAGAGAUUGAGGGCUACAAAAAGUCCAUCACGCAGGAAGAAGAGACGAAUGAGCGCCUCACUCUGCGUCUGAACCGGGCCCAGAAUGACUGCACCACCUCACGUAAACUUAUCACACACUCCCAGAAUUAUCAGGAGGUCCAGCAGGCCCGGUACAGCACAUAUACACAAAUGCUGCAAGAGACAGAAAAGACCCUCAGCACACUGCAUGGGGACUAUGAUGUGCGUCAGUCUGAACUCAAGGGACUCAGAAAGCAGAUGGAGAAAGAGUCUGCAGUGCGCAUGGACCUGGAGGACCAGAUCAUGAACAAGCUACAAGAGAAACUUACUCACAAUAACGCAGCAAAGUACUCUCGUCGACUGACUGAUAAAUCUGCAGCACACAGGAGAGAAAAGGAAGCUCAGUUAACGAAGUUAGAGAAUGACAUCAAUGCUGUAACUCUGGAGGGGCAAGAGGUGGCAUCGCGUCUGGAUUCUCUGGCUGCGUUUCAAGCUGAGCUUGAGCAAGAAAUGAGCCAGCGUCACUUGCUCCUGUCUUCUCGCGAGGCAGAGAUUGCUAAACAAAUCACAGAUAUUGAGCGAAAACAGGCCGCAAUAAGCAUCUACAACAAGAAGAUCAGGGAUAUUGUGUCCAGUACAGGGCAUGAAGACCUGGGUCCUCUGGAGAUCCGUACAGCCACCCUGUCUAAGAAGCUGGAAGAAGUUGGUGCUGAGAUUAAAGAGCAGCAGCAGUUGUGGCUCUGGCAACAGGGGGAGCUAGUGAGAUUCAGUCAGGAAAAACAGGCCCAUGGCUCUUCUGUGCAGACCCUGCGAACACAACUCACAAUACUGCAGCAGAGCAAGAUCAGGAGAGAGAGUGAGAUGGAGCAGGAUCAGCAUGAGCAGUCAGAUCUGGAAAAACAGAUUAAAGCUCUCAUGGCAGACAUGAUCAAACUAAACUCUCUCAUCACUAAGAACAGUGAUCUGAAUCAAGCCCUGCAGCAGAGCAACAGCCUGAUGGAGACAGACUUCAGACAGAGACUCAAGGAGGCUGAGAGGGAUUCGGUUGAGACUCAGCUGAAGCUGGAGAGGUUAAACGAAGAAAAAGAGAGACUUAUAAACAGUCUAGUGGAGGCCGAGCGUCAAAUCAUGCUGUGGGAGAAGAGAACCCAACUAAUGCGAGAGACUCGCACUGCAAUAGAUUCAGACAUUGGACAGGGAGACAUACGAACCAUGAGAGCAGAGAUUCACCGCAUGGAGGUUCGUUAUGCACAGUUGAUGAAGCAGCAGGAAAGGCUGUUGAGAGACAUGGAAUCAGUGGUGGCUAGACGUGAGACAAUAGCUGUUCGGAGUGAGGCUCAGGCACGAGCUGACCAUAAGCAGCCCACACACAACGACUACCACAACACUCUUCAGAGCCUCCGCCGAAAGAUUCUCCAAGCAAAGAAGCAAACAGAAGAGUGUGAUGGAGCUAUAGCUCAGCUGGAGGAGAGGCAGGGCUCUGUGACCUCCAGCCUCCGAGACAAACGCAUGCAUCUGAAUGACCUGCAGAACACCAGAGCGCUUCUCACCCAAGACCUCAGUGCACUACAAAAAAUCAAAGAGAGGAACUUGUAUCGUCUGCCUGUGCUGCAGUGUCGUUCGAAACACUUGCAAGCUGUUAAGGAAGGACAGUACACACCAGUGGCCAGUGGAGACGUGUCAUUGGAGCUGGCAACACAGAAACAGGAAGAACGAUUGAAAAUGAUCAGUUCCGUCCUCCAGCAUUUGGCUAAAGAGUACCCUCAGCAUCACAGCGCUCUCCACAGGAUUAACAUAACACUGGCUGAACACAGACACAGUGGACUUCAGGACGGAUAGUCACCACAGAAAUGUACAUUGCAUGAAAUAAAAGUCAUGUAUGUACAUAUAUACAUGGUUGGCAGUUGCUGGCCUGGUUAUGCUGAUUGUCUGUUAUUGCAAGGAUGUUUUUAUGAAGAGACAUGGGAAAAGGACAUGUCUUUCCAAAAAGCAAAAAAAAAGAUUUGGAACUAAUUGUAUUGGUGUACACACAGUUGCAAGCAUAUUUAUUUUAAAAUGCAUUGUGAUAGAGUGUCUUAAAUUAAUUCAGGUUUAAAGGUUUAUUUUAAUUAAUCAAAUUCAUAGAAUAUCUAGAUAAAUAGUAAGCUUUGUUUUUUACGGUUUAAGGUUUAAGUUUUGUGGUUAAUUUUUCUGUGACAUUGAUGUGUGUAGCUACUUAACCAUACUUUAGGUACAAUUUUAUCCCUAGAAAUGAGCUAAAUCUGACAAACACACUCCAUUUAGGGACUAAAAAUGACUAGAUUAGUUAUUUUAUAUUAUUUACCAACAUUAAUAAAUUAUGUUUUUGCAAUUAAUUUGCAUUAAACAACAUAGGGCAACAUGGCAACAUUCUAUUUAUGUAGCUAAGGGAACAAUUGUGUGAAUGUGUAUAGUGACACUUGACCAGUGGAGUCUUUAGACACAUAAUAGCACAACAGGUCUCAUUUCUACACCCAACCUUUAGUUCAGGCAUAGGCCAUGAUGUUAUGUGUGUUUUGAUUUCAUACAGAUUAUUGUGUGUAAUAUGUGUUAAGUGGCUCUUAAAAUAUACAUGUUAAAAUCCUUGGUAAUUAAAAAUGUCUAC